AUGUCAGCACAGGAUACACUGUUGGGGCACUCUUUCUCUACAGUCCCCUUAUCAAUACUCCUAGUCUUUGACGGACACAAUGGUGUUGAUGCAGCAUCAUUUAUUAAAAAAAACAUCCUUAGAUUCAUUGUUGAAGACUCUCACUUCCCAUCAGGCAUUAGAAAGGCAGUUAGGAGCGCCUUUGUGAAGGCUGAUCAUGCAUUUGCAGAUGCUAGCUCUGUUGAUAAGUCCUCUGGUACCACUGCUUUGACUGCCCUUAUUUUAGGAAGGACCAUGCUAAUCGCUAAUGCUGGGGAUUGUCGAGCUGUGUUGGGGAAGCGGGGAAGGGCAAUUGAACUAUCUAAAGAUCACAAACCUAACUGCACCUCUGAAAGAUUAAGAAUUGAGAAGCUGGGCGGUGUCAUCUACGAUGGCUACCUCAAUGGCCAAUUAUCAGUGGCACGUGCUCUUGGUGACUGGCAUAUCAAGGGCUCUAAAGGGUCAAACUGCCCCUUAAGCUCUGAGCCAGAAUUGGAGGAAAUUGUCCUAACGGAAGAAGAUGAGUUCUUGAUAAUGGGCUGCGAUGGCUUGUGGGAUGUGAUGAGCAGCCAGUGUGCAGUUACAAUGGUAAGGAAGGAGCUCCUGCAGCAUAACGAUCCUGAGAGAUGUUCAAAAGCGCUUGUCAAGGAGGCACUCCAACGGAACACAUGCGAUAACCUGACUGUUGUUGUGGUCUGUUUCUCCGAAGAUCCACCUCCUAAAACCGAAAUUCCUAAGUCCCAGAAGAGGAGAAGUAUUUCAGCUGAAGGGUUGGACCUUCUCAAGGGUGUCCUAAGCAAUAUCUGA